UCUCCGCGCCACUGUCCGUCUGUCCUCCUCCAGUCUAAAAUCCAAAUGAUAAGAAAUUAAAUCCAAACGACGUUGAGAAAGUACGUGUGGAUCUAAAGGUGCCACUCAUGAUACCUCUACUACCAACAAUACGUUUUCAAUCAAAACCACUCUUCUCCUUUUCUCUCUCAUCCUCCUCUGUUUUGUAGUUUAACUCUCCAGACAUUGUUAUCGAUUUGAUCUAAAAGACUAAAACCCCUAUUGUAUAUCAUUAACAACCCUUUCAUUAUUUUCAAGUAUAUACAUUUUUCAAAUAAAACUUAUUCUUUCUUCUUCUGAUAUAUAUAGCUAUUAGUAUGUUUUUGAACUGCGUCUUCAUUAAAAAGAACAUAUUUGGUGUUGUGUUGUCCAGUUUGUAAUCUUUUGGACGCUGAGUAUUUAUUUAUAAUGAUGUCUUUGACAUGUCAAAACAUCGGUCGGGCUCGGUACGAUAUGGUUUCCUGUGGGUGUUCUUCUUCAUCUUCUUUUUCUAAGAAGAAUUUGAUUAAGACAAGUAUUAAUCUUAAUAAAGGAUUUGAAUUGCACAAGUUCAAGUUCGUUAGCAGUAAACGGGAUGUUUCUCUCUUCGGAAAAAAAGCUUUUUCGACAAAGUCUCCUGAAGCAUUGCUUAAUGUGGUUCCUCAAGGUCCUGCAUCAGUGUUUGAGCCUAAUUCUAGUGACCGGAUUUUGGUGUCAUCUCUAUUAGAAGUGGUUGCUGAGGAUCUUCUAACUUUAAACAAGAACUUACAGUCGAUUGUUGGUGCAGAAAACCCGGUUCUGAUGUCUGCAGCUGAGCAAAUAUUUGGUGCUGGUGGAAAAAGAAUGAGGCCAGCUUUAGUAUUCCUAGUGGCAAGAGCUACUGCACAGAUAGCAGAGUUAAAGGAACUUACCUCAGAACAUAGACGCCUAGCAGAAAUCAUUGAAAUGAUUCAUACGGCAAGUUUAAUUCACGAUGAUGUAUUAGAUGACAGUGAUAUGCGAAGAGCAGGAAAGGACACCAUUCACCAGCUAUAUGGUACUAGGGUUGCAAUCCUAGCGGGAGAUUUCAUGUUUGCGCAGUCAUCAUGGUACCUUGCGAAUCUUGAAAACAUUGAAGUUAUUAAGCUCAUCAGUCAGGUAAUUAAAGAUUUCGCAAGUGGUGAAAUAAGGCAAGCAUCUAGUCUCUUUGACUGUGAUGUCACUCUUGAAGAAUAUUUGAUCAAAAGUUACUUUAAAACAGCUUCCUUGAUUGCAGCGAGCACAAAAGGUGCUGCAAUUUUCAGUGGAGUUGAAAGAAACAUCUGUGAGCAAAUGUACGAAUACGGAAAAAAUUUAGGUCUCUCAUUCCAAGUCGUGGAUGACAUUUUGGAUUUCACACAAUCGGCAGAACAGCUAGGGAAACCUGCUGGACUUGAUUUGGCUAAGGGGAACCUUACUGCACCCGUGAUUUUCGCCUUAGAAAGAGAACCAAAGCUUAGAGAGAUUAUAGAUUCUGAAUUCAGUGAAGAUGGUUCUUUUAAUAAAGCAGUUGAGUUAAUCAUAAAAUGUGAAGGAAUCAAGAGAGCUCAAGAACUAGCAAAAGAAAAGGCUAAUUUAGCCAUUCAAAACUUGCAAUGCCUUCCAUUAGGUGAAUUUAGGUCUUCACUCGAGGGGAUGGUGAUGUAUAAUUUAGAGCGAAUUGAUUAGAUGUAAAAAGAACCAGGGAAUUCAAUUCAAUUCAAUUUAGUUGCUGGUGAUAUUGGGUGCUGAAGUGCUAUUGCAUUGGCUUGAGUACUAUCAGAAAGGGUGAAGCUACACACAACAUAUAUAUAUAUUCUUACAGACAUGUAGGUAUUGGGUGCCAAUGGAACACUAUAACAAAUCUACUGUCUGUGUACAACAUUUUGCCGAUGUUAGCGAAAUGGACAAUACUUGUUGUAAUGUAACAUUUGUUAUUUGUAAGUUUAGUACCACUUACUGUUGAAAUCACAAGUUUUGGGAAACCUUCAGAUUUAUAGAACACAAUGGAAUUGAUUUUA